UAGAUCUUUCGUUGUUGUGUUUUAAGCCUUGAAAAUGGGCAACAACAAGUCGGCGCUAAGGAAGUCCCAGUCAGUUCCUGAUACACAGAAUUUGCCCCCAGAUGCUCCAGUUCUUGUUAAGGCCAAGUCAGCCAGCUCACAGCGUCUGAACCAGCCAAAGGGCAAAUCAUCUAAAGGAGGAAAGUCUGGAAAGAAAAACAAACAUGUGGUUGCGGAAGAAGUGCCAGAGCUGAGACUGCCCCCGGCUGAGGCUGCCUUCUUGCCAGAUUUUCCCUUGAGAGGGGACUUGGAGGAACUGGAUUUUGAGGUCAUCGAUGUGAUCGCCAAGGGAGCAUAUGGCAAUGUCAUCAAGGUACAGCGAGAGGAUCAGAAGCGGUUUUAUGCCAUGAAGGUUCUGGACAAAGGGCAGAUUUUCCAGGAGGGGGCCAUCAGACAGUGCAAGGACGAGGCAGCCAUCCAGUCGGCGGCCGGAGAUCACCCGCUGGUUGUCAAGGCACACGAGUACUGGCAGUCACAGAGGUAUCUCUAUAUAGUGUUGGACUAUAUUCCCCACGGUGACAUGUUCACACUAUGGACAUUCCACGGUGCUUUCCCAGAGGACCUGGUGCGGCUCUACAUCGCAGAGAUGGCCAUGGUCAUUGACUACCUGCACAACUCUAGUGUGAUAUAUAGGGAUGUCAAGAUGGAGAACAUUCUGUUCGAUGCAGAAGGUCACAUACAGCUCACUGAUUUUGGCCUUGCCAAAUGGCUCCAGGGCGGGGAGGUGACCCGCACGGUUUGUGGCACGCUCCAGUAUAUGGCGCCAGAAGUGUUAUCCGUGUACCAAUAUGGCCACUCGGCCGACUGGUGGUCGCUGGGAAUUCUCAUGUACGCUAUGUUGGCUGGCAAGUACCCGGUGGACGGAGCCGACACCCACACCAAGAUGGCGCAGCGUGUGUUCGAGUGUGACUACCUCCUGCCCAGCUAUGUCAGCGACUCUGCCCAGGAUGUCAUCAACCAUGUACUCACCAAAAGUCCCCACAAGCGACUCUCAGACCUUGACUCCUUUCAAGACUUACACUUCUUUCAAGAUGUUUUCUUUCCUGACCUGCUGGAGAAAAAGGUGAACCCUAUAGACGUGGUCCCUCCAGAUUUUUUCCCCAUGACCGGGGAGAGCUGGGCCCCGCACGUGAUCACUACUGACGAUCAGCGCCAUUUCGAUCACUUUGAUGGUGUCCACGACCGAGGCCUGACUUCUCACGCGACGGGCCACCGUUCUGCUCGCUCCGCACACGGAGAGCCACAUCUGCCUCCCCGCCAGCCACCCAUGGUCCCAGCACACCACAGUGCUCGCAGCGACUACCACCGACAAAUGUCAUCCGACGCUAUACGAUCACCGGGCGAUGGGGCAGGCUGGUCUAUGGACCAUGCGGUGACUUCCCCUACCUCGCCCACUGCUGCUUCCUCUUCCUCAGCUGGUUAUUUCAACGGUGGUGCAGGUUAUGACAGCGCAUAUGGACAUGAGAGUGAUUACGUGGAUCUGAGGUCACCUGGUGCUACGGCGCGGUCACAAGACAACGGCCAAUUUGGCAUGAACAGUGCUGGAAAGUAUUCAGCAAACUCGCUGCGUGGUAAUAGUGGCAGCGGGGCUGCAGAUAUAGAUCGGAGGCUUCAGGAUUCGAACUAUCCACCUUUAAAUACUUCCUCGCAGAACUACUCUUCCUCUGGUCACUCGUACAACGGUUCUGGCCAUCAUAAUAUGGUAAACUACAAAACCGAAUACGAACCUCCUACCCUUACCCUCCAAUCCCAUAGCGCGACAUCAUUGAGGUCACAACCUCUUCCUGUGAUGGACUAUUCUAGCCUGGGGGCGGACCGAAACGGUGGGGCGUCUAACGGUGAUUAUAUGACUCUGAAAAGUCCUACAGCUCCGACAGUAGUACUCCCCACGUCACAGAUGCGGUCUAGUUCCGGUGUGACAGACACCAGCGGUGGUAGCAGUCAUGGUAUUGGUGGAGCGUACCGCAACGGCUUCAGUCUUCCCAACAAUCAGCCCACAAUGCUGUCGUCAUCAUCGUCAAGGGAUUACCUUCCUGCGGAAGUCAGCGCCACUUUGACGGCAGCCCCUCAGGUUCGAAUGCCAGACCCCCCACGACCCACACCAGCCCCACGGCCCACCCCCGCCCCAAGGUCGCUCCCGCCGGCUACUGCAAGACUAGAAGACUCAACGUCACAGCUCAGGGGUCCAAAACCCACCCCAGCCCCGAAACCAGUGCCAGCACCGAAACCCACAGCUGCCCCGCGACCUGUUCCGACCCCACGCUCCGCGCCUCAGGGUAUGAGUUACUCUUCAAACCAACCGUCAUCGCAGUCACUGUCCAAGCACACUGGGUUAGCUUUUAGGCAAGAGGCUGCCGAAGCAUUGCCGCAGGCCAGCAUAGCUUACAACAGCUCAACAGUGUACAGCAACAGCUCAACAGCAUACAGCAACAGCACAACAGCUUAUAACACUCCGGGCCCCUCGUUACCACAACAGCCGCCUGCUAGGAGCAGAAUAGGCAGCAGCAGCAGCAGCAUUGGUUACGAUGGUUCCCUCAGAAGUCCCAGUAUAGACAACGGUAGCUUGCGAUGGAAUCUGCCGCCCAAUGCAGCCCCCUCCUUUGUCUGAUGAGAAGUUAGAAUAUUUUUCGGUGUAAACAUGGACGUUGUUGGAGAUAUAUGUCGGGUAUUGUGUUGAAAUCAGGCACUUGUUAAAAUAUUGAUAAGCGAAGAAAAGGGUAUUUUACUCUUGCUGGGCAGUUUUUAUAGAUUUUCCAUGGGGUUCAACACCGUUUAUGUCCAUUUAAAAACAUUUCAUGAGUAUUUUACUGUAAUUUGUUGAUCAAAGGCACAAAAACUGUAAAUUUGCAGUUUCCAAGGAUACUUCAACUUUAAGAGUCACCAAACUGGCUGCCAAAUUAUAAAGAUGUAUCUUAUCUUAUCUUAUUUAAUUUUUCCUCUGACAUCAGGCAACCUCCACCUCUAUUAAUCGCAAAUAUCUCAACUUCUAUUUAAGAUAAAUGGGAAUGUGUUUCUUCAAAACAAGAUAAAUAAACACACUUUAAGAUGAUGUCGAUAACUCCACAAGCCCAAAAAUAAUUGACCUCCGCCUGUUUCUACCGUGUCCCGACACAUAACGUCUUUGUAACUGAUCUUAAGACCCAUGAUAUUGAGAAUUGAUUCUGUUUGUGAUGGAAUCUGCCUCCUAAUGCAGCCCUGUCCUUCAUCUGAUGAGAAGACGGAAGAUUUCUCAGUGUAUAUAUUGAAUCAUCGGAGAAAUAUAGUCUUUGUAAUUAAUGUAAUGGACAUUUAUUGCCCGAGAUAUUGAGAACAGAUUCUGUUGUGGGUAGGCUGAGGUGAGAAGUGAGGUGAUGAUUGAUAAUGUCAUCUGUCACCUGUCACAUGUCACCUGGCACCAUGGCUGUGUUUGUCAGUGUGUGCCUCAUUCCUUGCCACAAUAGGCCUCAAUAUUUUCAGGUCUGAGCUGUGAUGUUUU